GAAUCACAUGAUUUUUUGUUUAAGUUCUUGGUUAUUGGAAAUGCAGGAACUGGAAAAUCUUGCUUACUUCAUCAGUUUAUUGAAAAAAAAUUCAAAGAUGACUCAAAUCAUACAAUAGGAGUGGAAUUUGGCUCAAAGAUAAUAAAUGUUGGUGGUAAAUACGUAAAGUUACAAAUAUGGGAUACAGCAGGACAAGAGCGAUUCAGGUCAGUGACAAGAAGUUACUACAGAGGCGCGGCUGGGGCUCUCCUUGUCUACGACAUCACCAGCCGAGAAACCUACAAUGCGCUUACUAAUUGGUUAACAGAUGCCAGAAUGCUGGCGAGUCAGAACAUCGUGAUCAUCCUCUGCGGGAACAAGAAGGACCUGGACGCAGACCGCGAGGUCACCUUCUUGGAAGCCUCCAGAUUUGCUCAGGAAAAUGAGCUGAUGUUUUUGGAAACAAGUGCACUAACAGGGGAGAAUGUAGAAGAGGCUUUUGUACAGUGUGCAAGAAAAAUACUUAACAAAAUCGAAUCAGGUGAGCUGGACCCAGAGAGAAUGGGCUCCGGAAUUCAGUAUGGAGAUGCUGCCUUGAGACAGCUGAGGUCGCCACGGCGCUCGCAAGCCCCAAACGCCCAGGAGUGUGGUUGCUAGGAGCCUCAGGGGCACAGAGGUGCUCAUACAGUGGUCUUUGGGACACAGUUGUUGGAUCCUGAGGAAUCUGAAGUUUUUUACCACCAUCUUUUUCUACUCUGUAUAGAAGUAGAUUUGUGGGGGAAAAAGAAUUCGGGCUGUUCUGCAAGCUAGUGAAAGUGGCAACUCAUAUAAUAAAUCUCAGUCAAUGGACAACACCGUUAGAUGUAUGCACGUAUGUAAAAGUUUUCCGUCCCGCAUUGCCCUGUCACCUUUAGUUGAAAACAUGGUAUGUACUGAAUAUAGCCAGUCUGGCUCCAUGGCAUGGUAUUUGAUGUAUGAUAUGAUGGAAUGUUGCACUAAAUGCAGUUAAUAUUUUAUUUUUUUUAAUCAUAGGAACUAAAAUGUGUUAAUUGUGAGGUGUGCUUUUCUCAUCAUGUCGGUUGUAUUGCACAAUUGGUUAUAUUUAUGACCUGAUAUUCAAAGACUCUGGCAUUGAUAGCCGGUGCAUUUCUUAUUUAAUCCUGUUUACCACAUUCUACAUGGUGUUUUCGUGAUCCACACUUGAAACGCUAACUAGGUCAGUAGUCAUUCACUAACAUACCAAAAUAAAAGGAAAAAGGGAGUUUUUCCAUGAACUUUUUACCCUGUCCAGCCCUCCAUUGAUUUGAAAGUACCUUCAUCCAGGUUAAUCCAGGAAGUAUAACUGGAGUACCUGCUCUGUUUUAGGCUAUCAGGUCAGGACUGAGGAUUCUGGGACCUUUAGCCAAACCCGCCAGCGGGUUUGAUACUCUACUCUCAGCGGUUGAUAAAAUGCCAUGACCAUGGAAGCUGGGGCCAACUGUGUGUCUCCAGUUUGCUGAUCGCUGGUCUUGCAGCUAGAAAACACAUUGUACUUUGCUUUUCCUGGAAUUCAGUAUAAUGGCAUCACUGCCUGCUUUUCAAGUUAUUUUAUGUUCAUUUUAAGGAAACCCACUAAAUCUAGUUAAUAUCAAAAUGAUACCACUUGUUGAGAUGUUUCUUUGUAGCUUUUGCUGAACACUUAAAUGCCUUACUACGGUUAUCAAGUUGACAUGUUUUUAAUCCAUAUAAGGUAUAUUGGGUAUAGUGAAGUAUGAUGUACAUUGUUUCACAGAGACUUGUUCAUACAUUUUAAAAUGUCAAUGCAAAAAAUAUGUAAUGGAACCUUCUUUAAAGCUGAAAUACAGCAUUAUUUAAGUCUGAAA